AUGCACAGCAAGCGCACAUGCGUGGGCCCCUUGCACGAGAGGAGGCUGGAGGGAUGCAAGAAAGAAAUCAUUGCCACUUUAGAAGUGCUUAAAUUACUCCAGGAGUACAUUCACACAAAGAAGUUUUUGAUAUUGCCUGGGGAAAUUCACCUGUGCGGCGACGGUGAGGAAGGAGCAGCACCGGCGUCCCUGGCAGUGCAUGGCGAGCAGCAGCAAAGAGAAGGGAAGCAGCAGUUCAGGGAAGAAGCAGACAAACUCCAGCAGCAGCAACAGCGAUCGUCUCUAUUGUCGGUGAAGGAUCUGGGAAACCAGUCUGUUCAAGCAGAGAUGUCGUGGCGGCGUCGACAUUCUUGUGGUGGACAUGUGUUCUCGGGCUCCGCCAUUGCGACGGUGUCUGCUCCAAUGUCGGCGCGGAGCUUGGGAAGUAGUCAAGAAGUAGAUGCAGAUUGUGGUCUGCAUCGACGACAUUUGGAAGAUGGGACGUGCGCUAGGCUCGUGGUUCGUGGAUGGAGGUUCGAUGGCGUGUCCAGGGUGUUGCCCCAGUAUGAUUCGUUCAACGAUAAGGGCUUCGUCUUUGGCGAGCCACCUUGGAGGUCUGCAAAGCUGCAUAUCAACGAUGGAGCCGCGUCGAGCUCGGGUAAAAAGGUGAUCCGUCAUUUUUCUUUCGCUGGCUGCUAUGGUGAUGCCGGAGGCAGGCACAACGGCAUUGUUUCGUCUUCAAUCGAAGAUGCCCUUGACGUCAUUGUUCGGUUCAAAAGCCGUUACUUUCUGUUAACUCACUUUGUAGGUGUGCAAAAAGGAGGGUCCAGCGACGGCGGCAGCUUCUACGCCGGGGACAACAGCAGCAGCUUCCUCGGCGACGAGAGCAGGAGCUUCUACGAGAGGGAAGAGGAGGACUACCUCCUCCGCCAGAGCGACGGCGACGACGAGCCGCCCCGCAAGCGGUCCGAGGACAUCAUACUCUCCCGGGCCCGGAACGGCUUCGCCUGCAGGGACAGCCUCGUCAGGGACACCAGGAAGCUCUUCCGCUCAGAGGACGAAACAACCGGCUGUAAGAUGAUCAACCAGUAUGUUCACCUGGGCAAGAUUGGUGCUGGGAGCUAUGGCAAAGUGGUGUUGAGUAAACCCUACAUGUUGAAAGUGCGUGUUGUGCAGUCAGAAACGGCCAUGACAGAUGUUCUUCGGGAAGUAUCCCUCAUGAAAAUGUUGGAUCAUCCCAAUAUAGUAAAUCUCAUUGAGGUGAUUGACGACCCAAACACAGAUAAAUUCUACAUGGUUCUUGAGUAUGUUGAGGGGAAAAUGGUGUGCAAUAACGGCAUAGGUUUAGGAGAAGCUACUUCCAGGAAGUACUUGCGGGACAUUGUCUCUGGUGUUAUGUAUCUUCACUCUCAUAACAUUAUUCAUGGUGAUAUUAAACCAGACAACCUCUUGGUCACAAGUACUGGCAAUGUGAAGAUAGGGGACUUCAGUGUUAGCCAGAUAUUUGAGGAUGACGAUGAUAUGCUUUGGAGGUCUCCGGGUACUCCAGUUUUCACUGCACCAGAGUGCUGUCAAGGUUCAGCCUACCAUGGCAGAACAGCUGAUACAUGGGCAGUCGGUGUUACCCUGUAUUGCAUGAUCACCGGGAAAUAUCCAUUCCUUGGAGAAACUCUGCAGGAAACUUACGACAAGAUCGCCAAUGAUCCGGUGGAAAUACCCGGCGACACGAGCCCCCAGCUCGCCGACUUGAUGCAGAGGCUGCUCUACAAAGGUGUUCCUUGCAGGGUUUUUCUAUUUUGCAAUCCGGGAGAUCGUAUGACCCUGCAGGCCGUGGCCGCGCAUCCCUGGGUCGCCGGGGCCGAGGGUCCGGUCCCUGAGUUUGUGUGUAGGUGCGGUUUCGGUCGCAGGAACAGGAGUGAUUCGCAGGAGGCGGUGCAAUAA